GUGGACAAGAAAUAGAAAGUGCAAAUUUCUUUGUGAAAAAUCAUAAUUAUUGAUGAAUUACGUAUUAUUAUGUCAAACGAUUGAUGAACAAGAUGGUAGAACAUUAUGUCAAGGUGUCUGUCAAAUAGUUUUAACCGGUCUUGAAGGUCUAGACGCCGCGUAAAGACAUGAGUUCGGCGGCUAAACUGUGCCUACUGUUGUUCGGGGUGAUUGCUGUGGUUCUGCUUUGUGUAUCCAAUCUGUCUCUUCUGAAGGAUAAAAGGCUUUUCAAGGAGUGGUGUGAGCAGUAUGAUAUUCUUCAUCUGGAGGAUGUUCUUGCCUCAUUUGGUGCAGGUUCCCUUGUGGAAUUUCCUGAGCUGCGCCUGAAUGACAACCAAAGAUUCAGGAAGUUGAGGGAAGAUGAAAUGGAACAGAUUGAAGAGGCCAUUGAUGGUCUUAAGGAGAGGCUGAUUGUAGAAGAAUGGCUGACAGAGGUGGAAUUACACCAGUUUUAUGAAAGAUCCAGGACGCAUAGCGGCGUCAAGAAGUUGGAAGACUUCUUAACAAUGACCGAGACAGAGCUGUACCAUGUGACUAACUCACUACCAAGUUACAUUACGCUGCGUAAGGCUGUCAAGGCUCUCCGUGGUGAGCAAAUUGAUGUCUACAAGAAAGCUCUUUGGCAGUCCAAGUUGAAUCGGUCUGGAAAGCUAGGGGUGACUGGUACCUUCACCAUACUAGUCACAGUGUUGGCUAUCAUAGGGUCCUUGUUCCUAAUGGCAAUGACCUCAGCCCAGGAAGCAGUUGAUGACUAUGGUGCGCGGAAAGCAACGCUGUUUGAGUCUUUCUUUGGGAAAGCAUUGGCUCCACAAUACUGUACUGUCCAGUGGAAUUGGAAAGAGCCAGUCAUGGUUGGCAAGACUAUGUCUUUCACCAUAAAAUUCUAUACAAAGAAUGGUAAACCAUACCCAAUAUCCGACCUGGACCAAGUCCUGGUUGAGAUCACCCUAGGUAACCUCCCUGUCGCCAUCACUGUGAAACAUGGCAGCGAGGACCCAGCCAACAUCAACAUAUCCACUGUCACAUUCGCUGUCCAUAAAUCAGGAGUUUAUAAAAUUUCUGUAAUGAUUGGUGCUAGACAUAUACGAGGGAGUCCUUUUGAGAAAACUUUCAAGUCAGGUCCGAUUGAUCCAAGCAAGACAUGUUUUGUUCAGCAUUGUUCGAUGGUUGUUUGUACCAAAGACCUUGCCACAUCGUUGUAUAUAGAACCAAGAGAUGAAUACGGUAAUCUAUGCACAUAUGACCCAUCCACGGACAAGCCAUACCAGUAUGAGGUGAAAGUGGUCGAGCAUAAAGAGGACGGUUGUGGUUCAAAGAUUGCCUGUCAAAGUCCCCUGAUCAGUUUCACCUAUGAGGUUUAUAACAGAAGGUUUGUGAUGGACAUGAAGCUAAGCAAGGAGGGGUGCUUCAGUGUCACAACAGCUAUUAAUGGACAGCGACUUAAAAACGGGGAGUUUGAUGCAAUUGUGCUCUCUGUCAAUGAUGCUGCUGUUGUGAAGAAGAAUGUGAGUAAGCGAAGUCACAGCUUGUGGUACGAGUCGCGUCUACUCUCCAAAGAUCUCAAUGGAAGAGAUGGGAAAGAAGGCAAGGACAAGGUGAAGAAAGUCUACUGCUACAUCUCACCAAGGCAACUAAUAAUCAAGGAGUUUUAUCUGAAGAUUAUACCGAAACGCUUAUUCACAAUCCGAGUCUGUCCUUCAACCAAGUUUGUAUUUAAAGGCCACAACAACUUAGUUGACCUGCCAGCAUUUACUGUGGAUGACUGCUGCCAACUGCCAAUUGACUUAGCGUCCAAGGACACCACCUUGAUCGCUGCCACAUAUGCCAGCUUCCUGCUUAAGAAUAUUGGUGGGUCCGAAACCUUCAGGGACAAACAGGACUUUUUCUACCAUGAAGUGAGGAGUCUGCACUCGAAGAGACAGCAUGAGAGGACUACAAUUACCAUCAAUAGGAUGAACUUGCUCGAAAGUUCGAUGAAGGCGACGAAGCACUUCUCAACCAGUGACUGGUGUAAGAACUUUGAGGUGACCUUCACUGGAGAACCAGGUGUUGAUUGGGGAGGAUUACGGCGAGAAUGGUUUGAGAUCGUCUGCACAAAUCUGUUUGAUCCAAUGGGGUCAGGUCUCUUUAGGCGAUUUGUUGAAGACAACCAAGGCCUGGUUCAUCCUAACCCGCACCGGAGACCAUUUUUCAAGAUGAAGUACUAUGAAUUUGCAGGUAGAAUUGUUGGAAAGUGCCUGUAUGAGUCGGCGUUAGGGGGUGGCUACAAGCAGACAGUCAAAGCAAAGUUCACACGGUCUUUCCUUGCACAGGUCAUAGGACUCAGGGUUAACUAUAGACAUUUUGAGCAGGAUGACCCUGACCUGUUUACAACCAAAAUCAAAUAUGUCCUAGAGAAUGACGUGGAGGACAUGGAGAUGGUAUUCGCAGAGGAGCAGUAUUCUGAGGGAGGGCAGGUAGAAGAGGUCAUCGACCUCAUCCCAAAUGGGUCCAAAGUCGCCGUAACCAAUGACAACAAGCUGACAUAUCUGGAUGCAUUGGCUCAGUAUCGACUGGCUAAUAGUGUCAAGGAUGAGAUGGAGUACUUCCUCAAGGGACUGAAUGACCUCGUGCCAGAUAACCUCCUCAGUAUAUUCGACGAAAAUGAACUCGAGUUGCUGAUGUGUGGAACUGGCACCUAUAGCAUUGCGGACCUUAGGCAGCAUCACAUAAUUUCAGGGAAUUCACAGUCAUUCAGAAAGGUGGUUGAGUGGUUCUGGACGGUCAUAUCAGGCUUCACCCAGGAGGACAUGGCCAGGCUGCUGCAGUUCACCACGGGCAGCUCUCAACUUCCACCAGGGGGGUUCACCGAACUCUCACCCAAAUUCCAGAUCGCUGCUGCGCCCAUGUUUGGAGUACUGCCUACUGCUCAUACUUGUUUCAACCAGCUUUGCUUGCCAGAUUACGAAUCUGUUCAGCAGCUUCACAGGUCACUGCUGAUUGCCAUCAAUGAGGGGAAUCAAGGGUUUGGAUUGGCAUAGCCAAGGGUAUAGAUGUACAGGGACAUGCUUCACAGCUCGAAACAAUCUAGGAAACCAGGAUCAUGAAGAGGGCUUUGAAAUGUGGGCCACGUUAAGACUACUGCCAACUAUCUAUGCAUGGAGAUGUAUUUAGCUUGCCAUUAACUUUUGUUAUGGGUUGUGCAAGUGAGGACCAAGGAUUUAAGAGAGACUGUAGGCAGGAGCCAAGUUGGCGUCAGGUGAUGUGAUUAUAUAGUGCAAUUUGGAGGAGCAUUCAAAGAACCCCAGAAAAUUGCUGUGUUUGUCACAUUAAAAUGCUUCCAAUAACUGGUUUGUUGGUUUGAACAGUUUGUUUCUUUGUAAAUUUGACUUUGUACAUUGGUUGACACUUUUUAGAAGGAAGUUGUCGCGGUAGUUUGCCAUGACAUACUGGUCAGCGUUCAGCCACUCAAGAAACAGUGCCAUUUGUAACUCUAUACACAGAGCCAAAUCAAACUUAUGCAUUUUGUUGUAGGAUUAGCAAGAGUUUAUGACAUUUUGGUCAGGAGGCAUUUGUUUUAGAAAGAUAUUUAUUGGAGAAGUUUUUACCAGUUAUGUACUGAGGAUCGGUACAAGUAGAUGAGAGUUGCACUUGUAAAGAACAGUGUAUGGAACAUGAUGUUUCUGAAUUGUAGUUGUUUGUAAGUUUACAUAUUAUUGUAAACCAAACAAGCUGUGCAAUAGUCUUUGUAAUUACUUCUGAAAUUGUGAAGAACUUUACUAUACAUGUAGUGUAUCACAGUUUAGAACAGUGAAACAAGUGUACAAGGCACUCUAGGGCAACCUAAUUAUAUGGGGGGGGGGGGGGGGAAUAUUAC